GUUUUUGAUCGCACCAAUUGUUGAAUACCUUCCAUACGGACGCUAUCUUGCGGUCACAAUGACCUAUUGCAUCCAGUGGUGACCAUGAACAUCUUACAGUCCUCCCUCGGGCCACGUUUUCAAUGCUACUUCUAGAGUUUUUCCUUACACCACAGUACGAAAUUCCCUCUAACUGCGGUUCCAAAGUUUUUCGGCUAGCCGUCUGUGCGGUAGGCUUUUACUUGUACACCUUUCCACUGGAAAUGGACGAGCCCAUCCACGUAGCCAUUACUCGGCUUUCUGCAUCUAGCCUGGCAGGCGGUGGCCUGCUGACACUUCAUCAACUCUUGCAAGCUCGGGCAUCCACUCUGGCGAGGACUCCCAACGAGCUUAAAAAAAGCAUAUCGAGCCUUUCGUUCGAAGAAUGUUCCCUUGGUGUAUGCCAUCUCUUGGCCCUGUUGUGGGACUGCAAAGGAGAGGGCACCGACAACUUCGCCUUCGAUGCAACGGUGAACUUUCUAGAACGGUGUCACCAGUCGCAAAUUCAGCAAUGCCCUGCAGAAUUCGUCGCCGUAGUCAAGUCUGCGGUCCGAUUCGCCGUUCACGCCGACGAGCAAUCCGCCACGUCCGAGUCGACCGGUCUACCCGUCCAGGAGAGUUUUUCUCUGCGCCUGGUGGGACCCCUGCUCGAAAGCACAGAAAAAUUCCUGCCCGAACCGCAGAACAUCACCUCAGCGGAUUCAGCGUUCCUUCAGUUGUGUCUCAGUCGGCGUUUCUACGACAAAGCGCGAUGCGUGCUUGAUCGAGAUGCCUUCAAAGUAACCCAGCUCCUCUGUCAAAGCCUCGAAGACUGUGCAGCCUACUAUACGGCGGCAGGCGACAUCUGGAUUGCUUUAGAGGAAUACGAGAGAGCCUUCAAUGCACUGGAUAUGGCUCUCUCUCUCCCUUCCAUUCCAGGAGAAACCGACUCUCUUCAAGUCGAGGCGUUCAAGCGAUUCGCUUUGUUGUCCCUCAUGCUUCGAGGGCGGGUGACCCGUCCGCCUCCGCCUUCUCCGAAUGCCGAAGAGACUCUGCGAAUGGCGACUUACCAUAAAGACUUCGCACAAUACAAACUCGUCUUUCAUCAAAGGAACCUUGCUAGCGGGGCGCGCGCCUCCCCCAAUGACGCUGCGAGUCAAAAUUCCCUUUUUUCUUUUCUCUCGGACCGACUCCAGAACCUCGAGCGCCAAGUUCAACUACACGCGGCGCAGCUGAAAGAGGACAAGACAAUCCACCUCGCCCUCGCCCUUCUCACCAGCGUUGUGCGUCGCAAAGUGGAGGAGCUGAGUCGAAUUUUCUGCGCUCUUCCCCUGGAAUCUUUUCGGAAGAAGAUGAACGUCGCAUCUGACUCUGAGGCUGUCCGCCUCCUUCGGUCUCUUCCAUCCAAGCCGGGCACUCCCCCCCUCUGCACCUACGACGAGGAUCGCAAACUCGUUCUCUUCAACUCGGGACUCUCGGUUGGAUCGAACGCGACAGAGGAGGAAGGGACCUCUGUGGCUUUUUUGGGGACCUUGAAGCGGGAGGUUGAAAGUGCACUUCAACGCGUGCAAACGGUCUCGCAGCACAUGCGAGAUGCAGAAGCGAAGGUUACAGACAGCGAAGGCUUCCAGCGUUUCGUUGAAGACGUCUCCGAUGGAGAGGGUGGAAGAGAAAGUCAGAGAGACCAGCAAGAAGGGCGAGGCGAAGCGGAUCCCAGAGGCCGUGCUCGAGAAAGAGGAGCAGACUGCGACGACGGACAAUCGCGGGAAGCUUGCUGGCAGCCGAUGGACGACGUGCAAACGUUUGAGGAAGAAGUGGAAAUGGGGUCGUCAUCACAGAGAGGCGAAGAUGCAGCAGGAGGAUGAACAGAGAGAGUAAACGGAUUUAUCGCAUUGCAGAAAAGUACUUCUGCUUCCUUCCUGGCAGUCAGACGCGGACGUCUGGUUUUCUGAUGUUGGAUGCAGCCGGGGCGCGUGGCAAAUCCGACAUUCCCCCUGUGUCUCCACCUGUGCAUACAUGCAUACUAAGGAUGCAAAUGUGCAAUAACGUAUGCAGGUUCGCGAGGCAUUCAAACAAUUUAUAUGCCUUCAGCAAAUUAGAAGUGUGCCUUGUUUCUCCAAUAAGCGGUCUACAACCUGAUGAUUUUUAAAAAAAUCAACGCAUGUAUAUUACAGUAUUAACCUUGAAUAUAAAUAUCUAAUUCUAGUUGCG